AUGUUGGCAGUAAGCGCAGCCGAAGCUUUAAGGCAUGUGGCUUCUUCAUCCCAGUCUGAUCGAGAUUUACAGCAUCGAACCCCCUCUCCAAAUCCUUCCGCAAAUUUUUCUGAUUUUUUGUCAGAAACGAAUGAUGAAUGGAACGACCGAUCAGAUGACGAAGAUUUGUCGGUUAGUAAGCGAAAGAUCCAGAACCAACCCAUGGGUUUGCAAACGAAGGAUAAGGAAAAGGAAAAAGUACCAGAGUUGGCUAUUGCACAGCCUGAGAUUGUUGAGAAAAGUGCAGUCGGGAUAAAGGCUGAAAUUGCUGGAUUGGUCCAAGGUCAGAUAAAUUUAUUCGGUGGCCGUUUGAUUGUCACCAAUCUGCUGAUCGAGUUUGAAUUCGUUCUCUCAAUAGAUCCCAUGAAUUUGAUUAGUUCAAUGAAGCCGCCUGGUGCAUUUGAUAGUCGACAGAGCGAAGCGGAAAGGAUUCACAUCGAUGUCCCUCGAACGAAUCCUGGAACUGCACUCUAUCAAUAUGAAACGACACAGCAGUGCCUCGAACGCAUCCUAUAUGUGUGGGCUAUCAGACACCCAGCUAGUGGGUAUGUUCAAGGAAUCAAUGACCUUGUCACACCGUUCUUUCAGGUUUUCCUCUCCGCAUAUAUAGAUGAAGACCCCGAAGUUUACGAUCCAGGCAACCUUCCAAAGGAAGCUCUGAACGUCAUCGAGGCCGACAGUUUUUGGAGCCUAUCUAAAUUGCUCGACGGUAUUCAGGUUCGUAUGGGUUUAGGCAGUAAGCUCUACCUGAAAAAUGUUUUAACUUGA